UUUUGAGGAUCCGUAUCAAAACAGAAUGAAAUGAGUUGACAAUGCGGUCUUGAUAUCAGGCUAAAGCUAAAACCGAUUAAAAACGCUUAAAUCGGCAGAUUCUUGGUCAUUUAAAAUCGAUUCAGUUAGAAAGCCCAGAGGGAUCUAGUGCAGUAUGGAAAACUGUUUUGUCAGUGGACCGAUGAUCCACACAUGAACCAAAACUUCCUGAAUCUGUAGGGUACAGACCACCUCUGGAGUUUAUUAACAAAGUGUUCAGAUCUAAGGAAGGAUUCCGAAGAGACUUCCCGUCUAUACAUCUGCUAAAAUGGCCGAAGAAAACCCUCCUCUCAAACAUUUCCUGACCUGCAACGUGUGCACUGAGAUCUUCAAGGACCCGGCGUCUCUGGGCUGUCACCACAGCUUCUGUUCCAGCUGUCUCCAGGACUUCUGGGCCCAAGCUGAGAACAAGAACUGUCCCGUCUGUAAGAGGAAAUCCUCAAAGGAUCUAGUCGUUAACUUUUCCAUCAAGGAGCUCGCUGACUCCUACGCUGGAAGACAGAGGUCUGACCCCUCUGAUGAGGCCCAGGGGGUCUGCACUGAGCACUUAAAGGAUAUCAAGUGGUUCUGUAAGGACGAGCAGAGAGCUGUGUGUCAUGUGUGUGAGUUCCCUCACCACCAGGGUCACACGCUGGUUCCUCUAGGAGAACCAGUCCAGGAGCUGAAGCAGCAGCUGACACAUGACCUCACGGCUCUACAGGCCAGGAGGAGCAGACACCAGGAGCUGGAGGAGACGUAUGAGGCCAUGGUUCCUCACCUUAAGGAACAGCGGGUGAAGACCGAGAGGCGGAUCAGAGCAGAGUUUGAACAGCUUCACCGGUUCCUGAGAGAGGAAGAGAAGGCCAGAGUGGCGGUCCUGAGAGAGGAAGAGGAGCAGAAGAGGAAGAGGAUCCUCCUGGAGAGGAAGACCCUUCAGGAGCAGAUCCGGUCUCUCUCAGAGGGUCUCUCGGCUGUAGAAGCAGACCUGCAGAAGGACGGCCUGUCGUUCCUCAGCGCUUCCACACGCUCCCGGACCAGCGCCAGAGCCCUGCUCUCCGGUUCUGAUCCCCAGCUGCUUCCUGGAGCGCUGCUGGACGAGGCCAAACACCUGGGAAACCUGGCCCACCGAGUCUGGGAGGAGAUGGGGCAGAGGACCACCUUCAGCCCCGUUACUCUGGACCCAAACACUGCAGCACGCUGGCUCUCUCUGUCUGAUGAUCUGACCAGUCUGAGACAUAGCAAAGUAAUCCAGAAGGUUCCUAACAACCCAGAGAGGUUCAGUCAGUACGCUGAGGUUCUGGGUUCUGAGGGCUUCAGCUCAGGGGAACACUGCUGGGAGGUGGAGGUGGGAGACCAUCCUCACUGGAGAAUAGGUGUUGCUAAAGAGUCAGUGGACAGGAGAGGAGAGCGUACGGCUUCACCAGCUAAUGGAAUCUGGAGUUUAUUCUAUACCAGUGGAAAGUACACUCAGGGUACUGGUCAAACCCUGACAUUGAAGAGGACUCCAGAGAGGAUCAGAGUCCAGCUGGACUAUGAUGGAGGGGAGGUGUCCUUCUACGACGAAGCUAUGACUCUCAUCUGCAUCUAUCAAGACACUUUCACUGACAACAUCUUCCCUUGGUUUGGUGUUGGACCAGCAGGUGCAGCCCAGACCAAAGCUGUUAGAGUGUGUGGUGACUCCUCACGCACUAAGCCAUGUAAAUGAAUGUAACCUUGUCAGUUCUGUUUGCCUGCUAGAGUCUCUAGUAUGUAGAAACAUGGUAUCAUAUAUAUAUAUUUAUACAACGGGGGACCUAAAUCCAGCGAUCUGAUUGGUUCCCAACUGUUGUAUAAUGAGCGUAUACAUAACUGCUAUGA